GGCGGCCCGUAUCCCUCCGCCGCCGGCGCGGCUCGGCCCUCCCUCUCCUGGCCCGCCAAUCCCCGCGCCUCCCGACCUGCCCCUCGGUCGGGCCCACCCCGUGCUCCGACGGCCCCACCCCGGCGGCGCAGCCCGCCCGCCCGCGCGUCCCUCGGUCCACCUGCAGCAGGGAGGAAGACAGGCGAUCCGUCCGGCUGUCCGACCAAGAGACGCCGGCCGAGCCCGAGGCUUGGGCUUUUGCUUUCUGGCGGAGGGAUCUGCGGCGGCUGAGGAGGCGGCGCUGAUCCUGGGAGGAAGAGGCAGCUACGGCGGCGGCGGCGGUGGCGGCUAGGGCGGCGGCGAAUAAAGGGGCCGCCGCCGGGUGAUGCGGUGACCGCUGCGGCAGGCCCAGGAGCUGCGUGGGCCCCGGCCCUCAGCCCGUCCCGCCGGACCCGCUCUCCUCAACUCUCCAUCUUCUCCUGCCGACCGAGAUCGCCGAGGCGGCCUCAGGCUCCCUAGCCCCUUCCCCGUCCCUUCCCCGCCCCCGUCCCCGCCCCGGGGGCCGCCGCCACCCGCCUCCCACCAUGGCUCUGAAGAGAAUCCACAAGGAAUUGAAUGAUCUGGCACGGGACCCUCCAGCACAGUGUUCAGCAGGUCCUGUUGGAGAUGAUAUGUUCCAUUGGCAAGCUACAAUAAUGGGGCCAAAUGACAGUCCCUAUCAGGGUGGAGUAUUUUUCUUGACAAUUCAUUUCCCAACAGAUUACCCCUUCAAACCACCUAAGGUUGCAUUUACAACAAGAAUUUAUCAUCCAAAUAUUAACAGUAAUGGCAGCAUUUGUCUUGAUAUUCUACGGUCACAGUGGUCUCCAGCACUAACUAUUUCAAAAGUACUCUUGUCCAUCUGUUCUCUGUUGUGUGAUCCCAAUCCAGAUGAUCCUUUAGUGCCUGAGAUUGCUCGGAUCUACAAAACAGAUAGAGAAAAAGACAGGGUCUUGUUCUUCAGCCCAGACUGGAGUACAGUGGCACAAUCGUGGCUCACUGCAGUGUCAAACUCAUGGGCUCAAGUGAUCCUCCCACCCCAGCCUCCCCAGUAGCUGGGACUGCUAGUACAUGCCACUACACCUUUCCAGCCUCCCCAGUAGCUGGGACUGCUAGUACAUGCCACUACACCUGGCUAAUUUGUUUUUUUUUUUGUUUUUUUUUUGCUUUUUUUGUAGAGACGGGAUCUCACUAUGUUGCACAGGCUGGUCUCUAAUUCCUGGCCUCAAGCAGGCCUCCUGCCUCAGCCCCCCAAAGUGCUGCUGUUAUAGGCAUGAGUUACCGUGCAAGGCCAGCAUACCCACCCCCACCCCCUUUUUUUUUUUUUUUUUUUUUUUUGAGGCAGGGUCUUGCUCUGUUGCCCGGACUGGAAUGCAGUGGCACAAUCACAGCUCACUGUAACCUCAACCUCCCAGGCUCAAGUAGUCCUCCCAUCUGAGCUUCCCAAGUAGCUGGGACCACAGGCAGAUGCCAUCACAUCCAGCUAAUUUUUUUUUUUUUUUGAGACAGAGUCUUGCUCCGUUGCCCAGGUGGAAUGCAGUGGCACAAUCUUGGCUCACUGCAACCUCUGCCUCCCAGGCUCAAGUGAUUCUUGUGCCUCAGCCUCCUGAGUAGCUGGGAUUAUAGGUGCACACCACCAUGCCUGGCUGAUUUUUGUGUUUUCAGUAGAGACGGGAUUUUGCCAUGUUGGCCAGGCUGGUCUGGAACUCCUGACCUCAAGUGAUCCAGCUGCUCCAGCCUCCCAAAGUGCUGGGAUUACAGGCGUGAGCCACCACACCUGGCCUAGCACCCCUUUUUUAAUAGGAGAAUUUAUAGAAUCAUUUGCUCUGCUUACUUUAUUCAAAUGUUCUGCUGAAGCAAUAAACCCAUUCAUUUUGUCAACCGAAUUGUUGAAAUUAGUUCUACCAGAACCAGUUGUUUUAUUGACAUGAAAAGAAAGUUUGUUUUUUUUUCCCCCUUUUUUUUGAGACAGAGCCUCACUCUGUCACCCAGGCUAUAGUACAGUAUUGCAAUCUCAGCUCACUGCAACCUCUGCCUCCUGAGCUCAAACGAUCUUCCCACCUCAGCCUCCUGAGUAGCUGGGACUAUAGGCAUGCGCCACCACACCCUGCUAAUUUUUGUAUUUUUUGUAGAGACAGGGUUUUACCAUGUUGCCCAGGCUGGUCUGAAACUCCUGGGCUCAAGUGAUCCACCCGACUCAGCCUCCCAAAGUGCUGGGAUUACAGGUGUGAGCCACCAUGCCCAGCCUUCUGUCAGUUUAAUCAUUAUUAGUAUAUGAGUUCAAGAACUAUGUAAUGUAGAAUCAUAUAGUUUCAAGUACUUUAAAUGAAUGAAUUGAGUGGACAUCUUUUGUAGAAAUAGGCCAAUCAAGUAUAGAAUAAGGUAUAUGCCAACAAAUACUAAAAUUUAAUCAGAACCCUUUAUAAGUAGCAAUUAAAGGAGACUUUCACAUUUUACAGCUCCUUCCCAUUAUCACUGAAUUAAUCCGUAUCAGAAAUUUGGGAUAGAAAGGGGCCUUUCCUUGAAUGUCCUAUAAGCUACUCUCUUCAAGUUACUUGAUGGGAUAAUGAAUGGAAUCUGUUGCUUACUGACUCCACACCUAUGUUAAGCCAAGCUUCUCUUUGUGUGUACAGGUACAACAGAAUAGCUCGGGAAUGGACUCAGAAGUAUGCGAUGUAAUUAAAGAAAUUAUUGGAUAACCUCUACAAAUAAAGAUAGGGGAACUCUGAAAGAGAAAGUCCUUUUGAUUUCCAUUUGACUGCUUUCUAUGAGCCCACGCCUCAUCUUCCCCUGUGCACAUGUUUACCUGAUACAGCAGUGCUGCGUGUUGUACAUACUUGGAACAACAAACUAGAAAUACUGUACUUCUGUACCAACAUUGCCUCCUAGCAGAGAAGUGUGUGUGUGACAAGCCAGUUCUACAGGCAUUACCUAGGUGUGAGACUAAAAGCUUUUCUUAUUGACUUAAAUUUGGAUAACAGCAAGGUGUGAGGGGGGUGGUGGGUAUGGUGUGUGCUUGGAUGGGAAAGAAAAGGCUCCACUCACCUAUAGGAGAUUAUUUUUAAGUGGAAUCCAUUUAAACUCAAAACAGUUAUGAAAAGCAAGGUGAAGAACAUGAAACUGUGUCUGUAUUCAUUUUAUUCCGAAGGAGCUACGUCUUAGGUGAAAGUUAUGACCAACCAGAUUAAACUGUACCCACAUCCUGCAUUUUAAGGUCUAAGUUUAACUGGUCAACAUUUAAAUGGAUUGGAGCUAUUAGUACAUCAAGCGUGAUGGGCUUUGUUCCCAACUCUUUUACAUCUCCCUUCCCCUUCAACCUUUGGCCUUUCAGCCCUUUUUUCUCUCUUCCAUAUUCUUUGGUUUGUAUGUGGUUUCUCAGUUAAUACAUAGCUAAUAGCUCUUAUUUUUCUUAUGUUUUUAACCGCUUAGGUCUAUUUGGAUGUAAGGGUGAAAAUUCAUUUGAUGGAAAUACUUGUGUAUAUUUAAAGACCCAGUUGCUCCUCUGGAGCUUGUACUUUCAAGAAUGAUUAAUCUGUGUAAUAAACUGGUUACUACAGUCAUUACAUAUAAUUUUGUGUGAAUAGGCUUUUUCAUUUUUAAGAAGUUUGUCUAGCUGAGAUUAGUGGUGGGUUUUCUCCCACUUCUGAAAUGUUCAUUUAUACUGGUUGCAUUUUAAGAUCAUGAAACAAUUCCAGUUACAUUGUAAAAAGGAUAUCUUACGAGUAAUUUUAUUGAACAAGUUAGAGGCAUAAGCUUAAGAGCAUUUCCAUGAAACAACACAUGCAGCAUUCCAGGAACUUGAUUGUUAAAUUCAAUAAGAAAUUUGCUUUAUUAAUGAAACUAAGCUGCAUUUCAUCAAAACCUUGUGACAUUCCCUUGGUACAUAGGACAUAAAACACAGAGGCAUUGCUAUUUGGUAAGUUAAGCCUCUGUGAUUGUAAUUAUAAAAGAGCAACAUUGACCAAACCUGGGAAACAAGAGCGCAGUCUUGUUUGGAGAGUCUACAUAAUUACUUUGCACUAACAUUUGCAGGACGUUCAUACAAUUUUAAAUUGUACUGUAUGUGGCUUUUUGAAGUCUUCCCUUGACCCUAGUAAAAUAUAGCUUGAAACUUGUAAACAACUGUGUUUGCCAGAAACAUCAUUCAUGUGAACUAGGCAAGUUACCUUUUUUCCCCCCUUCUUUUCCUAAUUGUAAACUAGGCCAACCUGAAAGCCAUGGCUGAUGCUCUAGCCAUCAGGUUCUUUCAAAUGCAUCUUUACACUCUUGCACAAAAAUUAAGGAAUAAAUGUCCACUGCUUUUGGUUUUAAA